AUGACCGACGCCAAUUUCUCCGCAGCGUUGUCAACAUGGAAGGAGAUCAACCUGUCCGAGCUACAGAAGUCGCUCGAUGCGACGGCUGUCGAGCUUGUGGACAACCAGAAGGAGAACAUGGUCGGAAGGAAGAAGCUGGCUGAGCAGACCAGAGAGUUCAAAAAGCUUCCAGAGAAUGCCGAGAAGUUCAGUGCCAUCAAGGUCCUGCUGAAGGCGUACCAGGGUGAGAUCGACAACCUCACUCGCCGAUCAAAGAUGUCAGAGACGUCUUUCUUGAACGUUUACAAGCUCUUGUCAGACGCGCCGGAUCCUUACCCCCUCCUCGAUGCCGCUGUAGACCAGACGGUCAAAGUCGCUGAAGCUCGCAUGAUGGAGGCGGAAAUGGCUCGGUUGAAGGAGGAGAAUGCCGACCUCAAGAAGCAGGUCGCGGAGGCCUCCACAGCGGAGGACAAGCGAAAGAAGGCUGAGCAGCGAGCUGAGCAGCUGGAAGCCAAGAUGGACGAUCUGAUUCAGGAGCGCGUUACUCAGAAGGAGAACGAGCUCAACGCCGAGUACGACGAGCGGAUGCGGAACUACGAGGACAGCUGCGCGACCUCCACACGUCCAACGAGAGCACGCAGGCUAAGCUUCUCGACGCUAGCCAGCGACAAGGACGUUACUGCGAAGCUCGCUGAGCUCGACCUCGUUGUGGCUGAUCUCAACCGUGCCAACGAGCGUGUUGCCACCAUUGAGCGCCGAAACGAAAUCCUGCGCUCUGAGAUCGAAACUGUUCGUAGCGGCUCGCAGCAGGCGGAGAAGGUUAAGCAGCAGGAGGACCAGAUCGCAGAGCUCGAGGCUGAGGCCUCGCGUCUGCUUCGCGCUCUUGAGGCGGCUAAAGAUGCCAAGACCGAUGUAGAGAAGAGCGAGAAGAAGCGCGUUGACGACGCCGCUCGUGAGAUUGCUACCCAAGCUGCCGAGAUUGAGAACCUCCGGGCGAAGGUUAAGCAGUACAGCGAUUACGACGAACUCAAGCGCGAGCUGGAAAUCAUGAAGUUCUCUGGGGCCGAUCUCGACGCCGAUGACGAGGUCGCUCUGCCGGAUCCCAAUGCCGAUGUCUCCAACAAGAAGCUUGGCCAGUCACUCGAAAAUCUGCUCGUCAGCAAGAAUCGCCGACUGCUCGAAGACCUGACCAAGCUCCGCGUGGCCCACGACGAGCUCACUACGCAAUUUAACAAGAGCGAGGAGUCCGUCCAGUCCGACCAGGAAGAGAUUGCCCGCUUGCGCCAACUCAAUGAGCGCCUCGAGGCUGACCUAAUGUCAGUCAACAAGGAGAACGAAAAGUCGGACAAGGGAGCUGGUCUGGCCGGUCUGGACAUCGGCGGCAAGUCGGAGCGGACAGGAUCGCCCUCUCCAAACAACGAUGCCUCGAUUCUACCUAUCGUUACGUCCCAGCGUGACCGUUUUAGGCAGCGCAACGCCGAGCUGGAAGAGGAGCUUCGCAGGCAGUUCGAGACGAUUUCUGACCUCCGCACUGAGAUCAAGUCGCUUCAGGCUGACAAUCUCAAGCUCUAUGAGAAAGUGCGCUACAUGCAGAGCUAUCGUGAUACCGCCGGCAGCUCUUCCCACAUGCCCUUAUCCGGUUAUAACACGCCCGGGUCGUCGGCUUCCAUGCUGAACGGCGCUCUGCGGAGUCGGGACGACGAAAUCGGCAAGUACAAGGAUAAGUACGACGAGAGCUUGAAUCCCUUUGAGGCCUUCAAGGGUCGAGAGGCCCAGCGAGCGAUCCAGGCUCUCAACCCUCUGGAGCGGGCAACCUUCGCCCUCACGCGGGCCAUCAUCGGCAACAAGCGUGCGAGGUCCCUCUUCAUCAUUGUUCUUCGUGCUGUGGAACUCGAUGUGGUCAGCAGGGCGUGGGGUGCCAGUGGCUGUUCCGAUUGA